GAAAAACUAUGGCGACUUUGCACGUUUGCAAGCUUUAUAGUAAUUCUUAUCAUUUUUCUUUCUCAAAACCAUGAUGGAACAGGUAUAGUUGUAUUGCAAAGCUUGCUUUCAAUGGCUAACGAGCAAUUUCCAGAGCCGAAAAACGUCAGCCAAAUUCUGCAGUCACCACCAUCACUUUCUCCUCCUCAAUUUCCCAUAGCUAAUGAGCAAUUUUCAGAGCCAAAAAACUUGACUGAAGUUGUGCCACCACCGAAGUGUUCUCCUCAUCAAUUUUCCACGUUUGACUGGCAGUCUUCAAAGGCAAAGACUGUUUUAUACAAUGAAAUGGAGAAAAAAGAGUGCAACAUCUUUGAGGGAAAAUGGGUGUAUGAUCCUAAGGCAAGCCCUCUAUAUGAUGCAGCGCGAUGUCCAUUUUUAAGUGACCAAGUGAGUUGCCAAAGGAAUGGAAGGCCAGAUAGUGAAUAUGAGAAAUGGAGAUGGGAACCUAAAGGGUGUCAGAUUACAAGGUUCAAUAUAGGAAAGAAAAUGUUGAAGAGACUUAGAGGGAAGAGAGUGAUAAUUGUAGGGGACUCAAUCAACAGAAACCAAUGGGAGUCUCUCGCCUGCCUUCUUUAUUCUUCUACUUCUCCCAGAAAAGCUCAUGUUCAGGCAGAAAGAAGUGACUACAAGGUCUUCAAAUCAAAGGCCCACAAUUGUUUGGUUGAGUUUUACUGGAGUCCAUUUCUUGUGCAAUUGGAAACAAACCAAGCAAACACAGGUAAAAGAAUACUAAGACUCAACCAAAUUUCAUCCUUUGCCCAAAAUUGGCUUGGCGCAGAUGUCAUGGUGUUCAAUUCUGGUCACUGGUGGGAGCAUGGCAAGGAUAUCAGAGCGUGGGACUUGUUGGAGUAUGAGGGAAAAUUGGUUGAAGAUAUGGAGAUCACAUCAGCGGUGGAGGCGGCCCUCAAGACUUGGGCUAGUUGGAUUGAUCAGAACGUGGACAAAAGCAAGACAAGAGUCUUUUUCCGGAGCAUAUCGCCGGAACACAAAGAUGCCUUUUCCUGCAUCAACCAAACCGAACCCAGUAAGGACAAUGAUGCAACACCAUUUCCCAAGCCGAUUAGAGAAACUGUUAAGAGAGCAAUCGAAGGUAUGUCCACUCCGGUCAAGUACUUGAACAUCUCAGAGCUUUCACGGUAUCGAAGAGACGGGCAUCCUUCUUUUUAUGCGAGGAAGCAGUCUUCUCGGCCGGAUUGCAGCCACUGGUGCUUACCGGGAGUGCCUGAUACAUGGAACAGACUACUGUAUGCAUCCAUCAUCCUGGACAGCACCAGAAACGUUUCUUCUCCGUCAGACGCUUCAUCACCGUCUUGAAUUGUAAGAAGAAUGGGUGAUCCAUAAAGAUGGGUUGGCCCACUCACCAUUUUUUUUUAUUUCUUACACGAUCGUCAAUUCCAAAUUAAGACUGUUUCGCAUAAAUUUAUUGGGAAAAU